CUCUCCCCCAAGUGAGGUAGGAGUAGUGCCGGGCGGAAGUUGUUAUGGCGGAGUACGAGCAGGUACAGAGGAGUGCCCUGAAACUUAAAGGGGUAUCGGAACUAGGUGUAACGAAGCGAAAGAAGAGGAAGGACAAGGACAAGAGCAAGGUCCUGGAGCAGAUCGUGACGAGCAAGAAGAACGAGGAAGAGAAGCGGAGGGGGCUGGGCAAGCAGACCCCAGCGCAGAUCGCCUACGAGAAGAUGCAGGAGAAGAGGCAAAUGGAAAGAAUCUUAAAGAAAGCAUCCAAAACUCAUAAGCAGAGGGUGGAGGAUUUCAACAGACACUUAGAUACUCUCACCGAACAUUAUGACAUCCCCAAAGUCAGCUGGACAAAAUAGACUCCUGUCACAUUGAGUGGUGUGGCCCUGAAGAAGAGGAAUCAGUUGUGUUCUGGAUAACUGUGGCAUGUUGUAUAAAUGCUUCCACCCUUCUCUAUCCUCCCCCUUCCCCUCCCCCUUUUCUGGAUGUUUCUCAAUAAGACUAUUUUUAAAGGUUCUGUAAUCAAGUUAGUAACUUGUCACACUUUAUUAAAGUGAGACUUGUGGUAAUUUAAAUUUCUUUGUGACACAAAAUUUCUAAUCUUUA